AUGAUGUUGAGAUCCGCAUCUCUCGGCAUCGGCAUGGGCCAUUGGAUGGGUGUGUCACGCGCACCAUGGGACAACACGAUUAGCAUCCGCGGCCUGGAACACAACAUCAAAUAGUACGCAUUAGAACUACUCCACUACUUUAUACGAACAGUACCUUUGUAUGCAACCUUAUUUAUAUCUUGUCAGCGUGUUUCUGUUUCCUCGGUCUUGACAACCUUUCUCCUUUCUCUACUCGUGUUUGCCAAUUAUCGUGUUGCUUUCUGCCGUCUACAGCACCUGUUCCUUCUUCAGAAUGAAAAUGUUCAGAAAAGACCCUUCCCUACGUCAUUCGUGAGCGCAUAGCCACCAACCACGAUGUCUGUUCUCAAGGGAAGCUGCCACUGCGGUGCUGUUAGGUUUUCACUCAAGUCGAAUACUGCUGUUCCGUAUCAGCUCUGCCUCUGCUCUAUCUGUCGCAAAGUCGCUGGUUCCGGGGGUGGAAGUAUUAAUUUGGGGGGACAUUUGGAUACGCUGGAGAUCCAGCAGGGGAAAGAGUAUAUCAGUGUUUACAAAGCCGUUUUGGACCGAGAUACCCCGAAAGAGAGGAUCGCUACGUCCGAGAGAAGCUUUUGCUCCAAGUGUUCGACAAUGCUUUGGGUGUGUGAUAAGACUUGGCCUGGAUUGAUCCAUCCGUUCGCGGGGGCGAUUGAUACGCCUUUGCAGGCCCCGAAGAGUAUGGUUUGUAUUGAACACAACUCCAAGCCCGAUUGGGUUCGCCUGCCCGAAGGAGAGAAAGAAAUUUAUGAAGAGUAUGGCCCGCUAUCUUUGGAGGAGUGGCACAAGAAACAUAACCUGUAUUGAGAUGUUAUUCCUGUACUUGUAUCGAUUUUGCAACUAGGUUCAGUGGAUUGCUACAAAUUCAAUUAUUGUUCGCAUUUCCUUCUAUAUUUUAGGCUUCAACCUUGACUCUGAGAAUAAUACAGAUCCGCAGUAUGUAGCUUCCCAUCAAUAAAACCUCGAUGUCCAUCCCUUCGUCCUUGAUCCUGAACAAAUCACGGAAUGGUGAAUAUUGAGCGACGGGAAGAGGGGGAGGAUGUUCAUCCCCUAACGCGCGUAAUAAUAGCCACAUUGUAUCAAGAUGACUGUCACCAUGUGAUCUCGAAAGGAUCAUGGCAUGAAAUAUGACCGC